GGACUUGUUUUAUUCGUCACAUCGAAAUGUCAUCCACUUUCGUUGUGUUAUUGGUGAGCGGCAAAACUUGACAUUUGAUUUUGUUUACAACGCACUUUUUUACCGAAUGCACAUUACCAUUCAUUGUGAAAUUCAUUGGAUUCGAAUAAGUCGCACUAAAUUUUGCAUCGAUUUCUUGUCCAUGCACAGUCAAAUUUGAUCAUUCCAACAAAAAACACACAAUGUCAACCCUUGACAGAUUAUCAAUUCGUGGUAUUCGUAAUUUUGGUGUCGAUGCAGAAGAUGAACAGAAAGUCACAUUUACAACACCUUUGACACUGAUCCUGGGCCAAAAUGGUAGCGGAAAGACAACAAUCAUCGAAAGUAUCAAGUAUGCUCUAACGGGAGACACACCACCGAACUGCAAACAAGGCAUUGGAUUCAUCAACAAUCCAGACAUUCUGCACAUUUCCGAAUCAUUGGGCCAGGUUAAACUACGGGUAAAAAAUGUGCGUGGUAUCGAAACCACCAUUUGUCGAUCGGCCAAAGUCAUAAAAAAGGGCCAGAAAUGGCAGUACAAAUCACUCGAUGCUACGAUUACUCUCAACGAAAAUGGCCGCGAGGUGUCGACAAGCAAGCGGAACAACGAUGCCACUGAAGAUAUGUGCACUGCGAUCGGUGUGUCAAAGGCAAUCAUCAACAAUGUACUGUUUUGCCAUCAAGAAGACGCCAACUGGCCACUCGCCACCGAUCAAGAAGUGAUGACACGAUUCGAUCAAAUCUUCGGCACCACCGAAUACAACAACGCAUUGGAUAAGAUGCGAAAUAUGCGCAAGAAAUACGACAAUGAAAUCAAAGAAAAAAAGGUCAAUUUGAAAGAGAUGGAAAUGAAGAAGCUUGAAGCCGACAAGAAGAACAUGGACAUCAAUAAGUAUGAGGAUGAAAUGAAAGCGAUGAAAGAAAAAUUCGAAAAGUGUAAAACCGAUUUGGAGCCACUGCGUGAGGAGUACAAGAAAGUGGCCGCAAUUGGUGAGCGGCUCUCUUCGAUUACAGCCAGCAAAACGAAGGUGGAAACAGAAUUGAAGAACGAGCAACAAAAUGCCGACAAUUGCACAGCAAAAAUCCGCGAAAUCUUCAUGGGCAGCGAAACUGAACUGCAGCAAAAGGUCAAUUCGUUCAAAGCGCAACAUUUGCAAAAGCAAACGGAAUUGUCGCAGAAUGAAAGCAUGGUGAAGAAUGCCGAGAAUGAGUUGAAUCGAAUCACAAAGUCGUACGACGAACACAAUCGAAAAUAUUACAGUUUGUUGCAAGACAGUGCGCGUGAGCAAGAUUUGUAUGAAGAGAAGGCGGGAUAUAUCAAGGAUUUAUGUACGGAUUUGAAGAUCAACGUCGAUUUUGAUAUAAAAAACGACAACAAACGAGCAGGUGAAUUGGUUGCAAACAUUCGAACGGCGUUGUCAGAAGAGCAGGCGAGUGUCAAGAAAAUAGCAGACAACAAUGAAAAGCUUGAUGCCGAGCAAGAGCAAGAGUUGCGUGGUCACCGUGAAGAAGAAAUUCGAAUCAAAAGCGAAAUUGCCUCGAUCACCAAACAGUUGAAAGAUCUGGAGCAAACGUUGGAUAAGCAAAAAGAGGAACUUAAAAAUGCGGAGAAAAGUGGACGAUUACUGGCGAGUGCUCGUCAGGCGAUUGCAAAAAUUCAAACAGCGCUUGACGAAAAAACUGCAUCAUCAAAUACCCAGGGCACUCGUGAUGAAGUCGGUAAGCACAAAGAAGAACGGCAACAAUGGGCUGGACAACUGGAAGAGAUUGAUGAACAAAUCACCUAUCUAAGUUCGAUGGCAUCCGUUUUGGCCAAUGUAGAAACGAAGGAGAAACUAAUUGAAAAGCGUGAAUCAGAGGUUCGUCGCAUCAAAAAUAAGCAUCAUGCGAGUUUACAGCGCCUAUUCCCCGAUGAAAUGAUUGAAUCGAACUUCAAGCGUCGCAUUGAGUCCAUUGGCCAAAAAUUACAAACCGAAGUCAAUCGGCUCGAAGCGGAAAUUCGGCUCAAUGAGAAUAAAACGGAAAAAUUCAAGAUCCAGUGUCAAAGCAAAAAACAAGAGCAAACCACAUUGGAAGGUGAGCUACGAAAGCUGGAAGCGGAUAUCGAUAAUGUGUGCGAACAAAAUCCAUUUGAUGAAGUUCUGGCCGAAACAAAGGAAAAUGUCGCCAAAUUGCAAAUGGAACACAGCUCGUCCAAAUCGUCCGAAUUGUUUUACAAAAAGUACAUCAAGAAAAUGGAGGAUCAGCCGUGUUGCCCAUUGUGUCACAAAGAUAUGAAUAACAAUGAAAUCGAUGAUUUAAAAAUUGAGCUAAACGAUCAAAUCAUUGCGUUGCCAGAGACUAUUGCAAACGCUGAACGUGAAUUGAAGAAAGAAAAUGCCAAAUUGGAGAAGUUGCUUGCGAUGCAGAGCAGUGUUGAGCGUGUCGCAGAGUUGAAAUCGACUUUGUUGCCGAAGAUACGAGAUGAGAUAAAAAAACUUGAUUCGGAUAAGUCGGCGGCUCAAGAGAAAGCCAAGCAAUCUGAACAAUCUGUUAAGGAGCCAAAGGAAAAAAAGGAAAUUGCUAACAAAAUGGUCUCUGACAUGACCAUUCUCGAUGAAGCGAUACGUGAUGUUGAGCAAGCACGAAUAGAAUUGGAGCCGUUGAAACGAAGUCUCCCAACAUCAGAUGGUCCAAAUGACAACAAUCUGGACAGUUUGCAAAAGAAGCGAAAGGAGCUCACCGAUCGAAUCAAAGCAUUGGACAAAAAAAUCGAAGUGUUGGAGAAACGGUAUCAAGAUGAUACCAAAAUCAUCACGCAAUUGCAAGAGAGACUAAUGCAAAUGAAAACACAAGAAUUGAAUUUUCAAGGGGAUAUUCAAAAGGUUGACACAUUGAAAGCCCGCGAAAACGAGCUCAAUGAACAAAUCAAAGAGCUGAAGGACAAGAAGGCGACCGGUGAUCAGACAUUGAUUCCGAUUGAAGGAAAAAUUAGAAACGUAGAAGAAAAACGACGUCGCACCAAGGCCAGCGGCGCUGAAACGUAUUCGCGUGCUACGAAACGAUUUGAUGGCUUGAAGAAGAACUUUGAUUCCAUUGAACGGGUGACGAAAGAAAUCGAGAAAUUGGCACUGCUGAAUUUGGGAAAGGAAAUCAAACGCUGCGAAAAGUUAGUGGAACAGGCGAACAAUGAAAAAACGGCACAGAAAGCAGAAAUCGAAUCGCUUCGCGAUAAGAGCAAAUUGCUCACAAAAGAGUUGGCCGAACAACAGAAUGCUGAACGUGAUUUGAACGAGAAUCUUGAAUUGAAACGGUACCAGAAGAAGAUUGCCGAAAAGAAAAAGGAUUUGGAAACGUUGUUGCAGCAAGAGCAAGAGGUGGAUUUCCAGUCAAUCAUUGAAAAAAAGGCGGAAUUGGCCCGUGAUAUGGAGAGAAUCACGCUGGAUCGCACGCGAAUGGAUGGACAAAUGAAGGAGAAACAAGCCGUAAUCGAUAAUUUACGCGCCGAAACCAAUCAACCCAAGUAUCGAGACUCGGUGCGCAAUUACAAAAAAGCAUUCUAUGAAAAUGUUGUUCUCACCAAAACUGUGGAAGAUCUGACAACUUACUGUGAAACGUUAGAACGUGCCCUGACCAAAUUCCAUGGCGACAAAAUGGAGAAGAUCAACAGUUUGAUCCGCGAUCUGUGGCGUAACAUUUACAAGGGCAACGAUAUUGAUUUUAUACAAAUCAAUACGGAAGAGGUGAAGGGUACAUCGAAACGUCGUUCGUACACAUAUCGAGUGGUCGCGUCCAAAAACGAUACAUUCAUGGAUUUCCGCGGUCAAAGCAGUGCCGGUCAACGUGUCUUAGCCUGUUUAAUCAUUCGAAUCGCCUUGGCGGAAACAUUCAGCGGCCAUUGCGGUGUUUUGGCUCUCGAUGAACCAACCACCAAUCUCGAUAAAAUAAACAUCGAAUCGUUGUGCGAAGCACUCAAUCGCAUCGUUGAAGAACGCGAAGGUCAACGAAAUUUUAUGCUGAUCGUUAUUACUCACGAUGAAGACUUCAUCAAUUCAUUGGGCCGUGUUGUCAGCUACACAACCGUUUCCCGUGACAAAAACGGAAAAUCACGCACAAAGAAACUACGCAAUCACUAGAGCGUUGGGCUGCUCAGCGCUAGUUUUGGUUUUUCAACUUGGAAAAAGUUGAUAAAUUUUUUUUCCAUUUUUUUAAUCAUUAUUUUUUACCUUUUUUACUCAAGUUUUCUCGUUAAAAUCAUGAAAUUUUUUCUUGUUUGAUAAAACGAAGAGAAGUCUUUCGGAACAAAAUUAAAACACACAUCCAGUGAUAUUAUCGAAAAUGAGGGACUUGUAGCACAAGUUUUCCAUUUCGAAUGAAAACAUUACCUUAACAGGAUUCAUGCUGAAUGAACAAUCUAUUACUAAGAGUUUAAAAACACACAAAAGACAAAACAAGUCAUAACUCAGUAGGUGUUCAACAGAUGAAACACACAAUACAAAUAAAGAUUUAGUAUUUUUGAAAAAUUA